CCGUCAACACUCCCAAGAUGGCGGAUAGUGUGCGCAUGCGCAAAGUUGGUUUGCCGCACCCGUCAUUUUUGUAUCCAACAGUCGACCAAGUCUCUGCUCGUCUAUCUCCUUCUUGUCUCACAUUAGCAAUACUGGCGACGUUACGUUUAAAAGUGCAGCUUCUCCUCUUUCUAUUAUUCUAAUAUUGGUAGUUUUGCGUCGAUAUAAACUAGUCGCAGUUGACUUUGGAGCUAAUGGGGCUAGCUUAGCUUGUUAGCCGCGAACAAAGAGAGGCGGGAGUUGGCCAAACAUCAUCAAAGUGGACAUUUUAAGUAAUUUCAAGUGUGGAAGAAGAAGUAUAUGUUGUGUUGAAGAAGAAGAGUAGCGCAGUGGGAGGAUGAAGGUCUGCAAGAAAAGAGGAGAAGAAGCAACAAGGAGGAGCAUCAAGUUGAAGUCAGCAUCGCCGGUAAAAACCAAACGAGGGACUUUCGCAUCUCUUGACACUGGAGCAACUUAAAUCCGUCGAUUGAUGUCCGUGAGGAACAUCUUCCUCCCCAGCAGCAGGAGUGGAGCUCCGAGAUAGAGCAGGAGGAGGCACAGCCCUGCCACUUCAAAGAGGAAGAGGAGGACCACAGCAUCAGCCAUCUUGAAGGAUUGGAGGAGUUCCCGAUGAUCCGUGUGGUCGUGAAGAGUGAAGAAGAUGAGGUGAAAGGUGAGAGUGAGGAGAGGAGAGAGGAGGAGCCUCCGAGCAGCAGCUCAUCAAGUCAACACAGGACAAGAGAAGGUGAUGGUGGAGGAUCACAAGCAGACUUAGCUCCACUCUCAGAGAGCGAGGACACCACGUCUCCUGACACUGAUGAUGAGGACGUAAAAGCUGGUACCACAUGUCACUCUGACAACACGCGCUUUCAAUGCCCUCAAUGUGACAAAAUAUUUGGCAACAAGAAAAAUCUGACAAGACACACGAGAUCUCACACUGGGAAGAAACCCUUCAGCUGCUCGGUGUGCGGUAAAAGCUUUUCUUUCAAGGGCGGUUUGACCGCGCACACACGAACACACACGGGGGAGAAACCCUUCCUUUGCUCAGUGUGUGGUAAAAGUUUCUCUUUAAGAGGUAACCUGUUGAUGCACGCGAGGACACACACCGGAGAGAGACCGUUUUCCUGCUCAAUCUGCAAUUCUACUUUCGGAGUCCACGCGGUGUUGACCAAACACAUGCGAACGCACACAGGAGAGAAACCUUUUGCCUGCUCAUUUUGCGGCAAAAGAUUUGCCGAAAGUUCCCAUUUGAUAACCCACGUGAGGUCGCACACCGGCGAAAAGCCUUUUUCCUGCUCCGUCUGCCAAACCAGCUUCAGCGAUCGCUCGGGGUUGGUGAAACACACGAGGACGCACACCGGGGAGAAACCUUUCACCUGCUCGGUUUGCGGUAAAAAAUUCUCCAUCAAGGGACACAUGAAAACGCACGAGAGAACGCACACGGGGGAAAAACCAUAUUCCUGCUCGUUCUGCAACAAAAGUUUUGCAGACCGUUCGGCGUUUGUCCGCCACACCAGAACACACACGGGCGAGAAAGUCUUCAGUUGCAGUGUGUGUGACCAAAGGUUCUCGUACAAGUAUCAAGUCACCAAUCACAAGUGCGCAGGCGACGACAACAGCAGUCCUUGAAGCUGCUGGACUUAUUUGUGCUGUAAACAUCACUUAGUAUUUCACUGAAAUAUUAUUGGAAUGGAAACCGUGCAAAAAUAUGUAUUUUAUCUUUGUUAAAUGUACGUACCUUGCUGUGUAGGGCACGCCACCGAAUGUAAUGUUGCAACUACGUAGUAGCGUCGCUGGUCUUAAGUACUACACCAUAUUGCCAAAAGUAUUUGGCCACUCACAUAUGAAAUUCAAGUGCCCUCCCAUAGGGUUCAAUAUGAUGCAAGUCCACCUUUUGCAGUUAUUACAGCUUCAACUCUAAGGGGAGGGCUGUCCACAAGAUUGCAGAGUGUGUUUAUAGGAAUUUUCCACCAUUCUUCCAAAAGCGCAUUGGUGAGGUCACACAGAAGACCUGGCUCUCUGCCUCCGUUCUAAUUCAUCCCAACAGUGUUCUAUCAGGUUCAGGUCAGGACUCUGUGCAGGCCAGUCAAGUUCAUCCACACCAGACUCUGUCAUCCAUGUCUUUAUGGGACUUGCUUUGUGCACUGGUUGCACAGUCAUGUUGGAAGAGGAAGGGGCCCGCUCCAAACUGUUCCCACAAGGUUGGGAGCCUGGAAUUGUCCAAAAUGUUUUGGUAUCCUGGAGCAUUCCAAGUUCCUUUCACUAGAACUAAGGGGCCAAGCCCAACUCCUGAAACACAACCCCACACCAUAAUUCCUCCUCCACCAAAUGUUACACUUGGCACAAUGUAGUUCAAAAUGUAGCGUUCUCCUGGCAACCUCCAAACCCAGACUGGUCCCUCAGAUUGCCAGAUGGAAAAGUGUGAUUCAUCAGUCCAGAGAAGGCAUCUCCACUGCUCUAGAGUCCAGUGGUGAUGUCCUUUACACCACCGGAUGGAUCGUACUUUCUCCGUCACUUAUUGUUUGUCUUUGGUACACUAAUGUGUAUAUUUUAGGCCAUUGUUUUUUUCUUUUAUUUUAUUUUUCAAAAAUAUAUAUAUAUAUUUUUAUAUUGCUAUUUUUAUCUUUGGUAUGAAAAUUAAAAUGUAACAUAAGUUAUUUUUUUGGGGUUCUUUGUAUUAAGACAUUUUAUUAUUUGAUCAUGUUGUACUGCAUUUUAAUCUUUUGUUUUGUGAUUGUGUGAUGUUUUUUGCCUGGACCUCUGGAAGAAUAGUCUCUACUGCGGUGUAGACUUAUGGGGAUCUUUAAUAAAAUAAACUAAACUGCAUCCCA